ACGGGAGGCUUCACGUAAAAUCUCUCACGCGACGAAACUUGGAUUUACGACGCUCACCUUUGCGCACAGGUGUCAAAGUAAAGGUGUUUACCUUUCGUCUCCCGCGCGUUAAUCACCACCGACGUAUCUCUUGUUAUUGACUUUUACUUUUGUGAAGUAUUACAGUAGCUUUUUGGGGGCUGCGUUUGUGUUCAGAUGACGGCGCAGGUAGACUACCUGGUGGUGGUUUUCACCGCCACAUCUGGCGCGAGCGGAGAGCUACUGGGAUCCGACGAGAAGGAGCUCGUGCAGUUGGUUUGGCAGUUGGUGGAUGUUAAGAACAAAAAGUUAGGCAAGGUGAAUGAGCUCCUAAUAAAGCCCGAUCUCUCAGACUUGACAGAAGAGAAAGAGGAGGAUGUUGUCGAGGAGAGAGAGGAAGAGGAGCAUGGAUCCAAAGCAGAUUGUGUCUUUACAGCCUCAAGUCUUGAGACAGCACUGAACCAGUUUCAUCUUCAACUUACAAAUGAGGUGAACAGUGCGGGCGCAGGCACGUCGUUGUGUUUGUGUACAGAUGGGCAGCUCCACAUCCGUCAAGUGAUUCACCCUGAGGCCGCCAGCAAGAACAUCCUGGUCCCUGACUGUUUCUUCUCUUUCCUUGACCUUCGGAAAGAGUUCAAGAAGCACUUCCCUACGUCUGACCUCAAGGCUCUGAAUGUACACGUCAUGGCUGAGUCUCUUAGUAUACCUGUUGAUGUGCCCGCUAUCUUGGACCCCUCAGCCACAACAGACCCCUCAACCACAUUACCUGCAGAAGUAGCAGUUCAACAGGUUCAGACCAUGGCCAACAUUGUCCUUGCUUUGCUUUCUGAGCCUUUUUGCUACACGUUUUCUAACCAGGAGAGAGUUAGUGAGAAGUUUGAGACCGGCACUUGCAGUAAGAUGGAGAAAGUGUGUGACAACACAGUGAUCAGAGCCCGAGGAUUGCCGUGGCAGUCUUCCGACCAGGACAUCGCUCGAUUCUUCAGGGGACUCAACAUUGCCAAAGGAGGGGCUGCGCUGUGUCUUAAUGCUCAGGGGAGGAGGAACGGAGAAGCUCUGGUUCGUUUUGUCAGUGAAGAGCACAGAGAUCUGGCACUGCAGAGACACAAACACCAUAUGGGCAACAGAUACAUAGAGGUUUACAAAGCAACAGGAGAAGACUUCCUGAAGAUAGCAGGAGGUACCUCCAAUGAGGUGGCCAUGUUCCUGUCCCGUGAGGACCAGAUCAUAGUGAGGAUGCGAGGUCUUCCAUUCACCGCCACGCAUGAGCAGGUGCUCAACUUCUUCUCCCCGGGGGAGGGUCCUAAAGAGACAUGUCCGGUCAGCGGUGGGAAAGACGGCAUCCUAUUUGUGCGCUAUCCUGACGGGCGUCCCACUGGUGAUGCCUUUGUUUUAUUUGCCUGUGAGGAACACGCCCAGUGUGCUCUGAGGAAACACAAAGAAAUCCUGGGGAGGAGAUACAUCGAGCUGUUCAAAAGCACAGCAGCAGAGGUCCAACAGGUGUUAAACCGAUACUCCUCAGCCCCUCUGAUCCCUGUGGCCCCUGCCCCUUUGGUGUCAGUCCUGCCUGCAGUCUCUCUCUUGCCCCCUCCUGGUGGUAUCAGGGACUGUUUGAGGCUGAGGGGGCUGCCGUACACAUCGAGCAUAGAGGACAUCCUCACCUUCCUGGGCGAGUUUACACACGAUAUCAGACCACAUGGCGUGCACAUGGUCCUCAACCAGCAGGGUCGCCCAUCAGGUGACUGCUUCAUCCAGAUGACCUCAGCAGAGCGAGCACUUCAGGCUUCACAGCGGCUUCACAAGCAAGUGAUGUCCAGCCAACGUGGGGCAAACAGCCGCUACGUGGAGGUGUUCCCCUGCAGCGCAGACGAGAUGGGUCUGGUGUUGAUGGGAGGCUCGCUCUCACACACACAUACACACACACAUACCCGGAGCAGGAGUGGGACAGGGCUCAGCCCGCCGCCAUGUAAGUCCAGACGUUUAUCUCCACCUUCCUACUCCUUCACCCCUGCUCCUCCUGUGCUGCCGACAGAGGCUGCUGCUGCCCUCUACUCUCCUAUGGGUCAGGUGCUGCUGACCCCGCGCCCCCUGCCUCCAGGGCACACCUAUUACCCUGCUUCAGCUCAGCUGUACAUGAACUAUACAGCCUACUACCCAAGCCCACCUGGCUCACCUACAACUGUAGGUUUCUUCCCCUCCCCCUCCUCCCUCCCCACCCCAGGGGGGUUGGUGCGCAUGCCAGGUCUAACCUACAGCAGCACUGGAGUCAAAGAGCUCAUUAACACAGUUCAAGGCUACCAGUAUGCCCCCGAGGAUGCUCUCAUGCACGCUCAUGGGCCUGUGCACGCUCACGACCCGACCGGGACAUUGCUUGCGCAGCCCAAAGAAUGGAGUCCUGCAGAGUCUGUUUCUCUCCUCAACAGCAGUCUGAUCGGCCAGUCCAGUGGUGUAGAAGCUCCUCUCAUGUCCCUUCCUGCUCUUAUGACCAAGCCAGCAGGGCAGUACCUGGACCUGACCCUGCUGUAGAGUCAUAAAAUACACAAAGGUCAUGCGACAAUUUGAUAUGUGUCAGAGACUUAUAAUGUAUUUUUAGGUUUAAAAGAUAGUCUUUUAGAUGUGUUAUUUAUAUCUUUAAGAACAGAAAAUUUAUCUAUUUUAUACCAAAAUCAUUGUGGCCUUAGCCAAACAUAGCAGUUUUGUCUUAUAUUGCACAGUGUGUACUUUAAAAGCUUUAUAGAGUUUUUAACAUGUUAAAUUUUAAUCACUGAUACAUUUACUAGCCAAAGUAGAGAAGAACGACAUAGAAACUGAGUUCAGUCCUUUUCUUAAGCAUGUCUGUGAAAGAGUGUGUGAGUGUGUUUUAGUGUGAAAGAGAUAAAGUGAGUAUUAUGCAUGGCUGUGCUGAUGCGUCUUUAUACUUAAAUUUGUUAUGCAGAACACUUUUUGUGUUUUAUAUACAUUUGAUACAGUACACAGUGAUUGUAUUGGAAGCUUUAGUGCAUGAAGAAGUUAGUAGUUAAACUUUAAGAUGUUUACAUUAUGCCAAAUAUCAAUGCACUGCUAAUCAAUAAGACUACUAAUGUAUAAUAUAGCAGUAUCUGUGUUACACUGUGAGUUUGUCGAUCAGUCUGAUCCUUGCAUCAGGUUUCACUUACAAAAAUGUGACAUCUCACACCUACCCUCUCCUUUUCCUCCUUUAUGUGUUUAUGUUCAUGUUGUGUAAUGCCAAUGUUUUCUUGCCUUUUGUUUCGGACCAACAUCUGAACAGAAGACAGCCCUGGUCCUUUGUAACCCAACCUACAGGGUUACAUUCACUAAGAGGACUCAUGUCAUAAGCUCUCGGUUUACUGAGUGAAUCUCAGCAGCCAGAGGGGGUUUCUGACAGAUUUUAUUACACAUUUUACUCCAAAGAUUGACCUGUCCAUCACACUUUCCUUGACUUCUCUCCACCAUCUAUGCUAAUGUCAGGGUAAUGCAGUUCAUGACUCCUGCAGAGAUCCCUGUGCCAUUUGUUUUAUAAUCUAAAUCAUCUGGAGGUUAGAUGGAAAGUUGAGAAGGAAAGGAAAUGAAGGACACAUCUGAUAUGGAUCUUGUGAAUUUAUUAGUCGUUUGUGCCCUGCAGAGUUAGUGCUCAGGCUCCAAGUUGCUUUAAUCAUGUCCUACAGUAGGACUACCUGCUGCUCAGGAUGUCCUGAUGUGGCCAUGCUGGAAAAAAAAAAAAUUAAUAAACGUAA